UCGGGAUCAUUCGUAGUCAGUCGGCAGCAAGACUCGAACCAGUUAGUAAGUGUGAGGUGUAUAGAAAGGAAGGAAGCCAAUCUGUGAUAAGUGUAGAAAUUCAGAAUCCACCGGGAUGCUGCGCCUUGCGUUACUGUGCGUGGUAGCAUUGGCUGUCCUGACGGCUGGUCAGAGGCAAGUCGAGGAAGUGCUAAAAUGGCAACAGGUCCAGUUCGACCUACCGGAAAGUGUUCUUUCCGCCCCAGAUGGCUACAUCCCAAUCAACAAUAUUCCGAUGAGUGGCGUUCACUACAAGAAUCGUGUCUUCGUAACGGUUCCACGGCGACGAUGGGGUAUUCCAUCUACCUUGAACGUCAUUGACCUAACACCGCCAUUCCCCAACGUGAACGCCGUUCUGAAGCCAUACCCAUCUUUUGAACUCAACGAACUUCGGGCCGAUCUGCAACCCGAUGCGAACCGCCUGGUAACCGUCUACCGUCCACGAGUUGAUCGUUGCGAUCGUCUGUGGUUUGUCGACACCGGCAUGAUGGAAAUCCCCGGUAACUUCACCAUCGUUCAACGUCCUUCGAUCUGGUCCAUUGAUCUGAAGACCAAUAUGCCACUCAGUCGCUAUGAAAUUCCCCAGAAGGAUGUGGACACUGGCUACGGUCUUACCUCGAUCACUCUCGAUAUCGAUCCAGAUGAUUGCGAGAAGGUGUUUGUCUACGUUUCCGAUUUGCAAACCUAUCGCAUGGUGGUAUACGAUCACCAAAACCAGAAAUCUUGGCGUUUCCUGCACAACUACUUCUUCCUGAAUCCACUGGAGGGCGACUACAACAUUCAGGGAAUUCCAUUUUCGUGGGAUGAUGGUAUUUUCUCGAUUGCCCUGAGCAACCCAGAUCCGAUAACCAAAUUCCGUACCGCUUACUUCCACGCUCUGUCCAGUAACUCCGAGUUUACCGUGUCGACUGCCGUGCUGCGUAACGAAACUGCUUCGAAGCGACACUAUCACGGCAAAGAUUUCGAUCUUCUCGGAUAUCGUGGCGCUCAAUCGCAGUCUAGCAUUCACGGUUUCCAUCCUGAAACUGGUGUGAUCUUCUUCGCUCUCAUCCAACUGAACGCUAUCAGCUGUUGGGACACCAGUAAACCUUUUGCCCCGCAAAAUAUGGCCAUCGUCUACAAGAACGACAAUGACAUUGUCUAUCCAAACGAUCUUUCGAUCGACAACGAUGGAUAUGUGUGGUUCAUGUCGAACUCGAUCAUCAAGCUGUUGUACACGCAGUUGAGCUUGGAAGAGUUCAAUUUCCACAUUUGGCGUGCAAACAUUAAGGAAAUCAUUAAGGGUACGGUGUGCGACCCAUCUGUUCCGGCCAAUAUCGAUCACGUUCAACGUUUUGGCGAAGAAAGCAACGGCGAUCGUGUGACGUUCGUGGAGUACAAGGACAAGUAUGGCCCAGGUGGUGGCCCGUUCGGUGGAUGGGGAUCUGAGGACAAGAGAAAACCGGGACGCAGACCAUAAAGAAGUUUGGCACCUAA